CAAAUUCAAUAUGCCUUCAAAAAAGUGACAGAUAACACUUUCUCUCUCUAACUCGCUCUCGUCACGCUGUCCGUUCACACCCAUCUUCAAAACCACAAUAAAACCAAAAAAACAGUGUAAGAGAGAGAAAUAGAGCAUCGAAAAUAUUGCUGCUUCACAGCUCAUCUCUAUCAUCCCAUAACAAUAGAAAAAGAUAAAUAAAAGAAAAAAAAGAAAAUAAAAAAGCAGAGUUUUCAUAUCAGAAUAUGCUCCCAUUUGUCUGUGUAAUUCUCUAGAAAAUUCCAUACGACUCUCCGUCUUCUACCACACUAUGUGCUCUUUAGAUCAGAUGUUUUAUUAUUGUUAUCGCUUUGAUUGGUUGUUCAAUUUUAACGGUUUGAUUGUACUUUGAUUGUUCUGUUUCGGUUCAUCCAUGGACGGAGGGACGGAGUCCCGUACGACGUCGUUUCACACCAAUGAUCUCUGACUCUAGAUCUGAUCCUGUUAUUUCACAAUCUGCUAUUCAAUUCGCUAUAUUCAAAUCUUUAGUUGCGGAUCUUCUCUUUUUCAGAUAGAGAAAGAGAGAGCUCUGAUAUUCAUUGCUAGAGAGAGAGAGAGAGAGCGAGACGAGAAUUGUUGCAGGUUCGUUCGAUUGGGUGUUUGGAAGAUGGAUUUGGAGGAUUUCCGGAUGAUUUUGGCGAAUUCAAGGGUGGAUUUGUGGACGUUGAUUGACACUGCGAUCACCGUUGCUUCGUUGGACUACGGGCACGAAUUGAAGAAUCGGAGAGAUCGAAUCGUCGAGCGACUCUACGCCACCGUCGCUCCACCGUGUCGCAACUGCGACGUUGACCGUCGGACCCCGAACGGUCAGAUAACGAGCAGUCAUGAAGGCCGCAAAAGUGUUUCGCCUUCGACUCCGCAAUCGAUUCAUAGAGAUGAGGAUGGUGAGGAUGAUGAUGAAGAACCAGAUCCGUACGCAGGUUUGUUCGAUGACGAAGAGACGAAAAUUCUCAGAAUCAAAGAACACCUUGAAGAUCCAGACCAGUCUGAAGAUUCCGUGGUUGAAUUGCUUCAGAGCCUUGCUGAUAUGGAUAUAACAUUCAAAGCUCUCAAGGAAACUGACAUUGGGAGGCAUGUGAAUCGACUGCGUAAGCAUUCAUCUAAUGACGUACGCAAAUUGGUGAAACAUCUCGUCAGGAAAUGGAAAGAUUUAGUUGACGAAUGGGUGAAGUUGAAUCCACCUGGUGAACUUGCAUCUUCAAAUCUCAUCGCUGAUGGAGACUCUCCUCAGCAAAACGUACAAAGGAAUCCUCUAAAUUGUCAUCACCAGGUUCCUGAUUUCGGGUAUUCUCCAAAUCCACACAAUGGGAGUUCUGGCUCAGAGAAGAACAAUUCAGAACCAGAACCUAAGCCGAAAGCGAUUCUUCCUCGACGAGAAGCUCCUGUUAAACCGCCCCAUUCAGCUCCUGUUUCUGCCUCUGCUCCUCCCCCAAGUAGACCACAGAGGGAUACAAGUAUAGAUCUUGAAAGGUUGGCUUCAGCAAGGAGGCGGCUUCAUGAGAACUACCAAGAAGCUGAAAAUGCGAAAAAGCAAAGAACGAUUCAGGUGAUGGAUAUUCACGAGAUACCCAAACCAAAGAAUGCCUUCUUUGGAAAGAAUAAAGGUGGCUUUCAAGGAAGGAACCAUCGGUGAUUGGUCACACAGAUAAACCCUACAACGGCCAGAACUAAAACGGAAGGCGGGUUUUGAUCAUACAACAGGGUUUACCAUAAACCGGUUUAUCCUGUUCCAAUUUUUAUCCUUAAAAACUUAUAUAAACAUAAUUUUUAUCUGGCAUUUCAUUUGCUUUUUAAUUAUAACUAAAACUGAAUAAGCUUAUUGAAAUGCAGAAUUUGAGGUUGUCAACUUGUCAUUGCUGGUGUACAUGUGACGUGUCUGUUUAUGGAGCUUCUUGCACCUAGAGAAAGAGCCUUAGCUUUUGGAUCAAGAGUUUAAUGAUUAUUGUCUUGAUCCAUUAGUUGAGGGCUUAAAGUUAAUGAUAAGAUAGUCGCACUCAUUCACGGGAUGUUGAUUUUUGAUUGAGGACAGUUCCUAAGCCGGAAAAAAAAAAAAAAAAAAAAAAAAAAAAAAAAAACACAUGGCAAUUGUUAUUCAAAUGCUUGACUAAAACUAAAAGAAAGUUGUGUUAUGGUGAUUAUAUGACAGCUUUUUUUUAGCUUUAGCCAUUGUGAAAGGAUUUUCUGAAGAAAUAAAUUGGGUUAAAGUUUUUUGUUUCA